AUGUCUACCGAUGCCAAACCCCUAGUGGGCAAAGUUGCGCUUGAGACCGGCUCUGGUCGAGGUAUGGGCGCCGCCAUCGUCUUGAAGUAUGCCAGCCAUGGCGCGGAUGUCGUGAUUAACUACCACUCCUCGGCCGACGCAGCAGAGCACAUUGCUGAAACAGCACGCUCGUGUGGCGUGCGCGCCGUUUGCGUCAAAGGAGACGUCUCGAAGGCCGAAGAUAUCAAGCACUUGUUCGAAGAUGCAAAGAAAGAGUUUGGCAAGAUCGAUAUCGUCUAUUCGAACAGCGGUAUUGAGCACUUUGACGAGGUGGACAAGGUCACUGUCGAAGCUUUCGACAAGGUCUUCGCCAUCAACGUCCGUGGCCAGUUUCUCGUAGCACAGCAGGCGUACGAACAUCUGAGCAAUGAUGGAAGAUUGAUCCUGAUGUCUUCGAUUUCUGCAGUCUCGGGCCUGCCUCGCCACGCGAUCUAUGCCGCAAGCAAGGCAGCCAUAACUGGAAUGGUCAAGUGCCUAGCCUGGGACUUCGGCAAACGCAAUAUCACCGUCAACUGUAUUGCUCCCGGAGGCAUUAAGACCGAUAUGUAUACAGAGGCCGCGAAAGACUACUUUCCUGGUGGUGACCAAAUGAGUGAAGAAGAGAUUGACAAGACAAUCUCUGGCACCGCACCUCUUGGUCGGCCAGGUUACCCAGACGACAUUGCUGGUUUGGCAGCACUCAUUGCCAGUCCAGAGGCGAAAUGGAUGACAGGCCAGACCUUCCAUUGCAGUGGCGGUGCCCACAUGGGUAAGGCUUGA